AAAAUUGAUAGAUUAUUACAAAAAACUGAAAUAAUUCAUUCUGAUCGGAAUAAAUUAUUUCUGUCAAAAUUUUUUCUAUUUAGCAGAAUAAUAAGAAUAUUUUUUUUUUAUUUUCUGGUUAAUUCAUUAGCAAACGGAGUCUUACUCACUAUUUCAGAACUAAGUAAGCGGUGAGAGGGCGUCCUCAGCAUUUUUCACCUGCAAAUUCUUUUCACAGCUAUCCGCUGAUCUCGCGCCGCCCACAUUACUGGCGGUGGAAUCAGAAUCAGUGAGGAUCCCCAGAAUGGCUGUCGCCCCAUGCGCUGGUCUUCUCUCCGCAUUCACGCCGCCGCGCCCUCGCCCCAGCCCCACCGCGGCCCAAAUCGCCCACCCGCCGUCGCCGCUCUCCCCUAAUCCCCUCUCCCUCUCCCUCCCCCUCCCCCCAACCCAUCGCCGCCUCCGCCGCGGCCCCACUCUUCCCCUCUUCUCCGUCCCGGGCAACGGCGGCGCCUCCGAAACCCUAGACGAGGCCCCCUCGUCGUCGCCCUCGGCGGAGAAAGAGAACGAGGAGGAGGAGGAGGAGAGGCCCAUCGCCUCCUCCGCCUCCUCCGAUCCCGAUGCGGGGUCGGCGGUGGCGGAGGAGCUGAAGGAGAUGAUGAGGGCGCGGCGAAAGGAGGCGUCGCCGUCGCCGUCGCCGUCGCCGUCGUCGGAUCUGUGGGGAGGGGUGUUGGAGGAGAUCCGGGAGAUCGAGUGGCCGGCGUUCGGGAAGGUCGUCGGCACCACCGGCGUCGUCCUCGCCGUCAUCGCCGGCUCCACCGUCGCCCUCCUCACCGUCAACGCCGUGCUCGCCGAGCUCUCCGACCGCGUCUUCGCCGGCAAGGGCCUCCAGGACUUCUUCGGAUGAAUUUGGUUGGCGAAUUUAAUUUGUCCCAAAAGUAGAGAAGCUGUUGUAGAGCGUACUGCUGUUUGAAUAGUUUGCCUUAGGUGUUUGUGUAAUAAAUACUGCAUUUGUGUGAUAAAUUUCUUCUGUCAUAUCAGAUAGCUUUAGAC